AUGUUGCGGGGCAAAAUUAGAGGGAAAUCGGAGAACGAGGAUGAAGAGGGUCAGACGAAACAGAGGAGACCAAAGUGCGCACGUUGCCGAAACCACGGGCUGAUCUCGUGGCUCAGGGGCCACAAGAGGGAAUGUCGUUAUCGCGAGUGUCUUUGCCCGAAGUGCUCUCUGAUCGCGGAGAGACAGAGGGUCAUGGCGGCCCAGGUGGCACUGAAGAGGCAACAGGCGGCGGAGGACGCGAUCGCUUUAAAGAUGGCCAAAGUGGCGACUGGUCAACGAUUUAGUCGACUACCACCAGGAAAGAUCUUCGGUAUGGCGGUCACCGAGCCGAAAUCCGGGACGGACAACGUGAAACCUGACCGUUCAUCUCCUAAAGACAGCCAGAAUACGUCUGACGAAUCGAAGAAAGACGAUGAUCCGCCCGAGGACCAGUGUCAAGAGUCCCCGCCCGUUAACGAUAACCUGGCCAAACACAAGAGUCCGAUGUUCGAUCCCAAUAAGCCUGACGAGACGAAAGAGGGCACAAUAGUGUCACAGACCUCGGUGGACACAUUGGCUCGGUUGUUUCCCAACACGAAGCUCUCGGUGCUGCAGCUGGUGUUGCAAAGAUGCGGCCAGGACCUGUUGAAGGCGAUCGAGUACUUCGCCAGCGACAGUCUGGGCAUCGGUUCGACCGCUUACGCCUCGGCCUUUCGACCACCGACUCAGCCUAUCAGCGAGACCAGAACGAACGAGCAGCUGGCCGGGUCUAUGCUCGCCCCAAUCUACUCGAACCUGUCCAGGAGCCUUUAUGGUGAUGGUUAUUGCUUGCUGAAUAUCAUCCCCGACCAGUUCCCGAAAAGCAUCGUCGCUGACUCGGCCAGUUGUGCUGCAACACUACCGGUGAAGACAGGGCAACAUCAGCAAGACAGCGUUCCGCUGAGCGUUCAGUAUAACAGCUACUUUAAUCCUGGAUUGCAACAACAGAUCAGGGAUCACGUAUACGCCCAGGUCACAGAACAUCUUCCUUCAAGAUCCGGAUUUCUUCAUCUGCCGCCUGUACUGCCUGGUGUACCGGCCUGCGUGCAGCCCAAUUGCACGCAGUGCGCUUACAAGUUCCCUUGA